AUGGCAGGCGUGCAAGCCCUCCUCGCUCGCCGUCCCGCCUUUCUGCUCGGCGCGCCACCGCCUGACUCCGCCGCCCGCGGGCUUCUCUCCGGCGCAGGCCGCGCCAUCCCGCGCCCGCACGCUCCGCUCAUUGGUAGACGGGGGUUUAGGCGGGCUUACGUCGGCAUUAGCAGCAAAGGGGUAAAUCGAGUAUUUUGUGCGCAUAGCGACGAUGGUGGGGCGAGGAGUAGAGCAGCGGACGGAUCGAUAGAGUCAGACAUUGAGAGGGGCUGGGAGCGGCAAAGCGCGAGUGGCGUUUCACCAUCACGCUCACAGGCGCAGGAGCAGUGCGAGUCUCCCGCUCCCCAUGGCCCGCCAUCUCCGCGUGCUGCUUUCCCCAACGUCCGUGUCCCGCGGGCCCUUGCUUCCCCCCUCGCCUCCGCGGCUCUCGCUCUCCUCCUCGCCCUCGCGCCCUUCGCGACUCGGCCGCCCGCCCUCGCGCAAGCACCCCCCGCGGGGACUGCGGCGACUGUGGCGGAGACGAGUAGCGGGAGGCGCGAGGCGCGAAGCAAGGCUGCGGGGCGGCGGAAGGAAAAGCGCGCGGAGGGUGGAACAUCCUCAGCGCGGGGGAGCAAGAGUGCUGUGGGGGGGUGGGAAGCAGCAGGAGAGGGGCAAGCGGGGGACGUGGGGACGUUGGGGGAGGCAGACGCGGGGAGCCGGCGGGCGGAGGAGAGGCUCGAGGCAUUCCAGAGGACAGCGGCGGCUGCCGUGACGGCGGAGGAGGUGGGCGCGCUUGAGCGCGCGUACCAGGCGGAGUGGGCUCGGAGCAUGCGGGAUAGCGAGGCGCGGCAGGCGCGGCUGCUGGACGAGCUGGUGGGCGCGCGGAUGGCACUGGCGGAGCGGGAGGAGGCGCUGGAGCGCGCGCGGGAGAGAGUCGCGGGAGGGGAAGCGGCGGAGAGCAAGGGGCGGGAGGAGGAAGGCGGGGAAGAGGCAGGGAAGGGAGAGGACGGGGCGGCAGGUAAGGGGAGUCGGGCAGGGGGCAAGGUGAAGGGGAGGAAGGGGAAGGGCGCGGCAGGGGCAGGGGGGGACGAGGCGGCGGGCAGUGUGCGCGCGUGCAGGCGGGCCGUGGAGGCGGCACAGCGACGCGCUGACGAGGCGGCGGCGGCAGUGGUGGCAGUGGGGCAGCAGGCGGAGGGGCGGCUGGCGCGCAUGUGGGAGGCACUGGGGGAGGCGAAGAGGAGGGUGCAUGGGGAGGUGGCAGUGGGGGUGAGCGCGGACGGGGAGGGUGGCGAGGGGGAAGCGGGGAGGGGAGUGGCGGCGAUGGGGGGUGCGAUGGCGGUGGCGGGCAGGGACGUGCGCGAGUGCCUUGACCACCCCGGCCGGGUGCCUGCUGUGCUGCUCCGGUCGCUCAGACGCGCCGUGGGGGGCGGAGACCCCGCCGUCCCCACUGCUGCUGCUGCUGCUGCUGCUGCUGGUGAGGCAGGACAGGGGGUGGAGGAGGCAGGAACAGAAGGGGCAGGGGGCGUGAAGGCACUGAGUGCAGCGGAGGAGGCAGCAGCGGAUGCUCAGGUGCUGGCGUGGCACAAGUGGGCGGCGGAACAACGGGCGGCGGCAAAGAAGCGGAUUGUGAGCAGCCGAGGCAAGGCCAAGGCGUUUGCGGCUGAGAAGCAGGCGGAGGUGCUGGCAGCGCGCGACCGGGUGAUGGGGGAGGCAACGCUCAACACGGGCGUCACCUCGCCGCUGCUGGGUGGGGGCCCCGAGGGGCGGUGGGAGCUGACAGCAGCGGGGCUGUGGGAGGCGCUGUCGCACUCGCUGCUGUCGUCCGUGUCGCUGCGCCACGACCGCCGUGCCGCCCUGCUGCGCCUCAAGGCCGACCCGCGCCUCUUCUUUGUCGACCUAUCCGCGUGGGACAGCUGGCGCCACGCCACUGGCGGCACCGACGAGCUGCUGCUGCGCCUGCGGGCGGCGGGCGUGCCGACGCGGGUGGAGGUGAUGUGGGUGCCGGUGAGGGAGUGGGACCCGGCCUCGCUCUACGCGCUGCCGGCGCGUGUGGUGGGGCACGCGGCGCACUCGCUGUCGUCAGCGGGGCCGGUGCAGGUGGCGCUGCAGUGGUACGUGGGCACGGCGGGCGAGGCGGCGGAGGAGACCUUCUUCCGCUUCGUGUGGCCCGCCAUGCCGCGCGCGCUCAAGGCGCUGCUGAAGCUGGACUACUCGGAGGGCGCGGCGGCGGGCGACGUGGUGGCACUGGAGCGCAUGGGGUGGCUGGCGGCCGCUGAGAGGCGCUUCGCGAAGCGCAGCAGCAUGGCGGGCAGGUGGGCGUGGUGGCUGGUGCUGCCCGCCAAGGCCGCUGUGGCGCUCUUCCCCCUGCGCUGGGCCGCCCUCCCCGCUGCUGCCCUAGCGCAGCGCCUGCUGGUGGGCGCGCCGGGGCCGGAGAGUGAGACGGCGUACAAGACGCGGCUGGGGAAGGAGCUGCUGCGGCGCGUGGGCAAGCAGGAGGAGGACGAGGAGAAGGCGAAGAAGGAGAAGAAGGUCAAGGACUCCAUCCGAGAGGCCUUCGACCGCAUCAAGCGAGUGCGGAGGCCGGCGGUGCGGCUGAGCGAUUUCGCGGGGAUGGACGCGGUGAAGGAGGAGGUGCAGGAGGUCAUCACCUUCCUGCGCGACCCCUCCUCCUUCCAACGCCUCGGCGCCCGCCCGCCCCGGGGCGUGCUGAUAACGGGGGGGUCGGGAGUGGGCAAGAGCAGUUUGGCGCUGGCGAUAGCGGCGGAGGCGAGGGUGCCGGUGGUGGACAUCAAGUCCAGCGAUGUGGACCCGGGGGGGUUCGUGGGGCAGGGCGCUGCCAACGUGCGCGAGCUCUUCAAGAUGGCCCGCGAGAUGGCGCCCAUGCUGAUCCUGAUGGAAGACUUUGAGGAGAUAGGCGGGGUGCGCGGGGCGGCCAUGGACACGCGCCUGCAGGACAAGGAGGCCAUCAUCAACCAGCUGCUCGUUGAGCUCGACGGAUUUGAGACACAGGAGGGCGUGGUGCUGCUGGCAAUCACUGAUAAUCCAGCUGCUGUGGACCCAGCGCUGCGCAGGCCGGGGCGCAUGGACCGAGUGAUCGAGGUGCCGCUGCCCACGGCGGGCGAGAGGGAGAAGAUUCUGCGCCGCGCCGCCGCCGCCUCCAUGGACCCGCGAUUCGUUGAUGCCGUUGACUGGCGCUUCGUGGCGGAGCAGACGGGGGGCCUGAAGCCCACGGACCUGAGGGGCAUGCCGCGGCGCAUCCUGCUGGCCGCCGGCACCGACAAGUUCCGAGAUGAGGACGAGCUGGCGGGCACUCUCAGCAUGCUGGAGCUGUACCACUGGGUGGUGCCGGCGCUGCUGCGGCGCGUGCCGGUGCUGCAGCGGUGGGAGAGCGGAGUGGUGGAGCGGCUGGGGCUGGAGCUGACACCGGGGGAUGUGCAGCGGGUGCUGCCGGACAUUGACUUCUCCUCGCUCACCGACCUUGGCAUGGACCUCACCCUCCCCGACACCGCCAAGUGGGAUCGUGCUGAGAAGCUUCCGCAUGCGGUGUGGGCAGCAGGGAGGGGCGUGCUGGCGGCGCUGCUGCCGAGCUUUGACCGCGUCGACAACAUCUGGCUCAACCCCAACAGCUGGGAGGGCGUGGGGUUCACGCGCUUCACGCGUGCCGCCGAGGGCUCGCUGGGCGGGGCGGACGGCAGUGCGGAGGCGGGCGGUGGCGGCGUGGUGAGCCGCGCGUACACGGAGCAGAGCCUGGUGGCGCUGUUCGGGUCGCACAUCGCCGCCGCGCUGCUGCUGCCCUGGGGGCACUCCAACAACCUCGCCACCCCGCAGCUGCAGCAGGCCUACCAGCUGGCGGAGCGCAUGGUCAUGGAGUGGGGCUGGGGACCCGACGACUCUCCCUUCAUCUUCCAAACGCACACCGCGCGCAAGAGUCUGGCGUUGGGGCGAAGGCAGGAGGCGGAGCUGAAGCAAAGGGUGCAGCAGCUGCACGAUGCGGCAUUUGAGCGCGCGCAUGCGCUGCUGGCGCGCAACCGGCGCACGCUGCAGGCGGUGGUGGACGCCCUCUGCACGCACGACGCCGUCGACCGCCAGUGCAUGGGCGCAUGGGUGCAUGGGCACAUGGCUGCAUGGGUGCAUGAGCGCAUGGGUGCAAGGGUGUUUGAGCGCAUGGGUGCAUAG